UCUACCUUUUUGUCUUAGAACAUUUGUUGUGUCCCUGCCUAAUGGGUAGGUCACCUAGCAGUAACGAGAGUAAUGUUAAGAAAGGGCCAUGGACACCGGAAGAAGAUGGAAAGCUAAUGGAUUAUAUUAGCAAACAUGGAAGAGGAACGUGGAGAACACUUCCAAAGCAUGCUGGUCUAAAUAGGAACGGAAAAAGCUGCAGGUUGAGGUGGGAAAAUUAUCUAAGACCAGAUAUUAAGAGAGGAAAAUUAACUGAAGAGGAGGAGCAAUUGAUCAUCAACCUUCAUUCAGUUCUUGGAAACAAGUGGUCAAAGAUUGCUACAAGUCUUCCAGGGAGAACUGAUAACGAGAUCAAGAAUUAUUGGAAUACCACCAUAAGAAAAAAGCUUCUCCACAUGGGUAUUGAUCCUGAAACUCACAGGCCAAGAACUGACUUGAAUUAUCUGAUGAAUCUUUCCCAGUUGCUUGGCAUGUCAAAUUUGGGCACAUCAAUGAGUCCUUGGACCAACCCUACCAGUUUACAAACAGAUGUCACUCAAUUAGCCAAACUACAAGUGCUACAAAAUAUGUUACAACUUAUGAACAACACUUCAUUGAUUAGCAUGACUAAUCCUUACCUCUUAGACAAUCAAAUUCUCAACCCACCAUCACUUGAUACAUUCCUCCAUGGAACAAACACCCUCCAAGUGAGAGAUCCAAUGUUAAGAGGUCCAGAAUAUCCAAACCCUAUUGGUAACAACAUAUCCGAUCCAUUCUCUCAAACGCCCAGUGACUAUUCUCAGCAGAACAUCUUCAAAUCAGGGAUAGAAAAAGAAAAUGAAACUAGUCAUCAAGAAGUUCGUAGUUAUACCAAAAACAUUAACACUUCACAACAAAAUCAAGCAGAAAAUUUACUUCCACCGUUAGUUGCUUCGUGUCCUAGGACAACUACCUUCAACAAAAUGCAGAGAAACUAUAAUGAAGCACAAAAGUCCACAGAGUCACCUUUCUCGACUUUUGAGGCUUGGGAGAAGUUUCUCAUUGAAGAUGAUGAAGCAAGCGGUUCCUACUGGAAAGAGAUUCUAGAGUAAGUUUUAUUCUUAAUUGGUUUACCUUACUCAAGUGGUUAAGUGCGUCGUUUUAGUUUAUAACUUUACAUUUUUUU